UUGGAUCAGCUUGUGGCAAACUUGAAGGAUUUUUACUCAAAAGAUGAGGGGAAUUUAAGUGUGCGCCGCUACAGAGAAACACAAGAGCGCGCAAUAAACAUUUUGGAGAUAGAUAAACGAAAAGAAACCCGCUCUAUCGAGACAGUUACACACAACACAGUAAACAAAUUACAGUUCUUCCAAGAUGGCGUUGCAAGGAUGCGCCCAAUGUGUCAAAUAUCUACUAUUCGCCUUCAAUCUGCUGUUUUUUCUCUCCGGGGGGACGGUGCUAGGAGCCGGUGCUUACCUGCUCAACCGUGAGGGUCCCUUCGCUACCCUCUUACCCAGCUUCCCGUUCCUCAAUGCGGCAACCGUUACUAUGAUCGUUGGUGGCAUCAUUAUGCUGGUAUCCUUCCUGGGAUGUUGUGGUGCAGUCAGAGAGAACCCAUGUAUGGUGCUGACGUAUUUCAUCUUAAUGGCUGGUAUCCUGAUCAUAGAAAUGAUCGCCGGAGGGCUGGGCGUGGCUAAUAGGAGCCAGGUAGGGGCGUAUGUUGAGCAGGAUCUCUCCCAGAAUGGACUGUCGCUGUACGGCGCAACCGGACAGCAAGGAUUAACAUCAGCGUGGGACAGAAUGCAAAACUUUUUACUGUGUUGUGGAGUCACAAAUGGCACCGACUGGAACGAGUUCCAUCCGCGCGUGUACGGACCAGGCCAGACGCCAGACUCAUGCUGUAUUACACACGUCGCAGGAUGCGGUAUGGACACACUUGCUGCUAAGUGGGAACGGGGUUGCAAGAACGCCCUAGUUGAGGAGCUGAAAGUUCACAUUGGAGCAGUUGGUGGUAUAGGAAUUGGUGUUGGUGUAUUUCAGAUCAUCGGCAUUGUAUUCUCGUUUAUCUUGUGGCGCUCAAUCCAGAACGAACACGGUGGAGCUUACGUAUAACUUUCUUAAACAGCGCCCUCUACUGCAAGGUAAGGCGAGGGUGAUUAUUUUCAACAGCGCCCUCUGUCGAUGUUAAAAGGGAGCAGUGUACAUUGAGUUGCUACUGGUUGCCAUAGAAACGUGAACGCAACAGAUGAAGCUACACAUCCUAGUGGACACAUUUUGAGGAAUAAUAGGUCAAACCUUGUUUGAAUAGAUUAAUAAAGUUGAAAUUCGUUCCCAAAGUUGGCAAGUAAGGAUGUUUAUAGUAACAUCUAACUUUAAAUUGGAGAUGCAACUUUCUUUGACAAGUGACAAGUCACCAUCUUUUAAUUAGCAAAAACUUUAUUGUUCUCGACUAAACUGUCAAUGAGAAAAAUAUAUAACAAAUCAUAUUAUUUUAAUUAUAAGUAAUUGAAAAUAAGAUUAAAACUAAAUGUAUAAAUACAAAUUAAUGUCUUAUAGAUGUUCAGAGGCAGAUGCAAAAUUGCAUCGAGAAGUUGUGAUAAUUUUUUAUGAGAU